AUGAACACCAAUACCGUCGACCCGACCAGAAGUGUUCCAACGCUGGCAAACAUAUCAGGGAUUUUGAAAAGACAAGAUAAUGCAGAUAAGGAUGAACGUAUUCUUCUUUUAGAGCAACAACUCGAGACGUUAAGAGGAGAACUACACCAAGGAAGGGACCUCGCACAUCCAUCCGUGGCUACUCAACGACGUCCACCUAUUUUUUCAUCACUAGAAUCUCCAAUACCUAAACAAUAUCAGUCAGCACAACCUCCCUUAACAACUAUUGGCUUAACAAAUCCAUCAUCCCCAUUCACACCCAUCAACUCUCAUAGGUUUCCUUAUUUCACCCCACAUCCCAAUGUUGUCACAUCUUCUCGUGAUAUUCAACAAAUAAAUUAUGCUACCUUUCGAGAACUAUAUAUGUCUCCAAUAUGUGUGACUGAGACACCCACUUUCACCAUACCUGCUAAAAGUAGGUUUUUGAUGAAUUCAAGGACGAAAGAACAAAACGACAUAAUCGUAAACAAGCUACGUCAUCUAAAGCAGGCGAUGACAGACCUCCAAGAAACUCAAGUCAACGAGCAUUUGGACUAUGAAGAUUUAUGUAUCCAUCCAGAUGUUGAUUUGCCAGUCGGGUUCAAGCCACCUAAGUUUUGCUUGUUUAAUGAAAUCGGUGAUCCUCAUACUUAUUUAAGAGCAUAUUCUAAUAAAUUUUUCGGGAUUGGCAAUAAUGAGAAGCUCAUAAUGAAGUUGUUCAUUAGAAGUUUGUCUGGUGAGGCUCUCGCUUGGUACACCAAACAAGACCCUUGUCAUUGGCUUAAAUGGAGUAACAUGGCUAAAGACUUUAUGAAUCGUUUUAAGUUUAAUACAGAAAUCGCACCUGAUCGACUUUCCCUCAUUAGUAUACAGAAGAAGCCCUCAGAAUCAUUCCAGGAAUAUGCUCGAUGA